GGCAGGUUUGAAAAAUGGCUGAAGAUAGCAGUGAGGAGACUAUGUUCAUUUGGUGCGACGACUGUGGCCUGUACCAUGAUUCAGAGUGUCCUGAACUGGGCCCAGUGGUGACAGUCAAAGACUCCUUUGUAUUGAGCCGAGCAAGAUCAUCUCUGCCUUCUAAUUUGGAGAUAAGACAAUUGGAAGACGGGACUGAAGGAGUGUUUGCUCUGACUCAGCUAGUGAAACGUACCCAGUUUGGCCCAUUUGAAUCCAAGAGAGUUGCCAAGCUGGAAAAAGAAUCAGUUUUUCCCCUGAAGGUGUUCCAGAAGGGUGGGCCCCUGUUAUAUUUUGACACCUCAAAUGAAGAUGAUUGCAACUGGAUGAUGAUGGUGCGACCAGCCACCAAAUAUGAGCAUCAAAACUUAACUGCCUUCCAGCAAGACAAUGAUAUUUACUUCACCACUUCCCGGGACAUCCCACCAGGAACUGAGCUGCGAGUGUGGUAUGCAGCUUUUUACGGCAAAAAAAUGGAAAAGCCAGUGCUGAAGCAGGUCACUAGUAUUGCCAAUGAUAUGUCCUUGGUAGUGAUGGAAUCUGAUAAAGAGGGGAAUAAAAUAUCUUCAAAACCUUCAUCUGCUGUCUUCCCCCCUAAAAAAACUAGGAAAUCCAGCAUACCAGCAGCUGAUCCAGCAGUGAAUGCUCCAGAAGGCAGUGGAGCUGCAGAAGCAGAGUCUAGCCAGUGGACGUGUAAAGUGUGUUCAUCUGCUUUCCAGGAGCCUCAGCUGCUGACAGAGCACUUGCUGAGUCACCUGGAACAAGCUAAAAGUGCCCCCCAAACCAGCCAGGAUGAAGCUGUUGCAGAGAAAGCAGCAGAGCCUCCCCCUGUGGAUCAGCCAGUGAUUUGUGAUGCAGCCAGUGCCAGUACAGAGUCAAGGAGGAAGGCCAGGCGGGGAAGAAAGCCCAAAACAGCAAAAGCAGAAAUACCUCUAGUCGUUAUCGAAGAUAAAGAUUCUGCAGAGGAACAUGUAGCUGAAGUUGUAACUGAGGUCCCACCAGACGAGGUAGCCCUGCCUUCAGCUACAGAAGAGAGAAUUAUGGAAUUUGUUUUAGGAAGGAUGCCUAGCACCACAAAUAGCAUCAGUUCAGUGACAAAUAGGUUUGCUCAUCACCAAAACACCAUGUCCCUCAAAAGAAGUUUAAUUCUCUCCAGUAGACAUGGUAUACGGCGGAAGCUGAUAAAACAACUUGGGGAGCACAAGCGAGUCUAUCAAUGCAGUAUCUGCAGUAAGAUCUUCCAGAACAGCAGCAACCUCAGCAGGCACAUCCGUUCUCAUGGUGACAAACUAUUUAAAUGUGAGGAAUGCGCAAAGCUGUUCAGCCGUAAAGAGAGCUUGAAGCAGCAUGUUUCAUACAAGCACAGCAGGAACGAAGUUGACAGUGAGUACAGAUACAAGUGCACCACGUGUGAAAAGGCCUUUCGGAUAGAGAGUGCGUUGGAAUUCCAUAACUGCAGGACAGAUGACAAGACAUUCCAGUGUGAGAUGUGUUUCAGAUUUUUCUCUACAAACAGUAAUCUUUCAAAACACAAGAAAAAGCACGGGGAUAAGAAGUUUGCGUGUGAAAUCUGCAAUAAGAUGUUCUACCGGAAGGACGUCAUGCUAGACCAUCAAAGACGACAUUUGGAAGGGGUGAGGCGUGUGAAAAGAGAAGACUUUGAGCACAGCACGGAAAACAUGGUUCGCUACAAGAAGGAGCCUUCGGGAUGCCCCGUGUGUGGGAAGGUAUUUUCAUGUAGGAGCAAUAUGAACAAACACCUUUUAACACAUGGAGACAAGAAAUACACUUGUGAAAUCUGUGGACGUAAAUUUUUCAGGGUGGAUGUGUUGAGAGAUCAUAUUCAUGUCCAUUUUAAGGACAUAGCACUAAUGGAUGAUCACCAAAGAGAAGAGUUCAUUGGUAAAAUUGGAAUCUCGUCAGAAGAAAAUGAUGACAACUCUGAUGAAAGUGCAGAUUCUGAGCCUCACAAGUAUAGCUGCAAAAGGUGCCAGUUGACUUUCGGCAGAGGGAAGGAGUACUUGAAGCACAUAAUGGACGUGCACAAGGAGAAGGGCUAUGGCUGUAGCAUUUGUAAUCGACGUUUUGCCUUGAAGGCAACUUACCACGCACACAUGGUCAUUCAUCGGGAGAACCUGCCUGAUCCUAAUGUGCAGAAAUACAUCCAUCCAUGUGAAAUCUGUGGAAGAAUUUUUAACAGUAUAGGAAAUCUGGAAAGACAUAAGCUUAUACAUACAGGUGUAAAAAGUCAUGCUUGUGAGCAAUGUGGCAAAUCAUUUGCUAGAAAAGACAUGUUAAAAGAACAUAUGCGAGUCCAUGAUAAUAUCCGAGAAUACUUGUGUGCAGAAUGUGGCAAAGGAAUGAAGACAAAACAUGCACUUCGUCACCACAUGAAGCUUCACAAAGGCAUUAAAGAAUAUGAAUGCAAAGAGUGUCACCGAAAAUUUGCACAGAAAGUCAACAUGCUGAAGCAUUACAAAAGACACACGGGAAUCAAAGAUUUCAUGUGUGAACUCUGUGGCAAGACGUUUAGUGAGAGAAAUACAAUGGAGACUCAUAAGUUGAUUCACACAGUAGGAAAACAGUGGACUUGUUCAGUCUGUGAUAAGAAAUAUGUCACUGAUUACAUGCUACAGAAGCAUAUCCAGCUCACUCAUGAUAAGGUAGAAGCCCAGAGCUGUCAGCUCUGUGGGACAAAGGUUUCUACCAGAGCAUCCAUGAGCCGACAUAUGAGGCGUAAACAUCCAGAGAUUCUUUCAGUGAGGAUUGACGAUUUAGAGCAGCUGCCAGAGACGACUACCAUUGAUGCCUCCUCAAUUGGGAUUGUUCAGCCGGAAUUAGCCUUGGAACAGGGAGAAUUACCAGAAGGGAAACAGCAUAUGAAAGCUCUUAAACGUGGCCAGAAACGAAAACAAAAGUCAGGUGAGGAAGAGGAAGCACAAGUGCCUGAGGACCCUGCCUUCAGUGAAUACACAGAGAAGGAAGGUGAAUUCACAGGGAAUGUUGGAGAUGAGACUAAUUCAGCUGUACAGAGCAUCCAGCAGGUGGUGGUGACCCUUGGCGACCCAAAUGUCACAGCCCCUUCCAGUUCUGUCGGGCUGACAAAUAUCACUGUUACCCCCAUUACGACGGCAGCUGGAACCCAAUUCACACACCUCCAGCCAGUGGCUGUGGGCCAUCUGACUGCACCUGAACGCCAGUUACAGCUGGACAACUCAAUUCUCACCGUCACGUUUGACACUGUCAGUGGUUCCGCCAUGCUGCACAACCGCCAAAGUGACAUUCAGAUCCAGCCGCAGCCAGAGGCAGCCAAUCCUCAGUCUGUGGCUCAUUUUAUAAACCUGACCACCUUGGUGAACUCCAUUGCUCCUCUAGGGAACCAGAUAACAGAACAGCAUCCUCUGACGUGGAGGUCAGUGCCUCAGACUGAUGUCUUGCAGCCCCAGGCACAGCCAACACAGCAGCAGUCAGGACAACAACAGGUUCAAACAGAGCAACAACAACAGAUGUAUAGCUACUAAUUUAUACUUUGAAAAGUUUUGAAAUGGACAGUACUUAGAGACAAAAACACACAGACGUUUGGAAAAUUUCUAAUAGGAUUGUUUGCUGGAUACCAAACAGAGAAAAAUGCUUAUACAACGAAAUGUAAGCUAAAUUUGGCGUAGAACCCUGCAACACCCUAAUCGUGAGAAUUCUAACGCUGUCUCUAGACCUUGCACUGUCUUAAAAAAAAAAGAAAAAGGAAAAAAAUCUCACCAUAAAUUUAGCACCCCCUUGCACUGUGUAUUUUGCGCAGUAAGAUUGAGAUUUGACAAGAGCAUCAUAAUAUAUCUUUAACCAAAGCAGGGAAAUCCUAAAUAUUAUGGCACUGGUGAUUUACAAAACCCUUUCAGCCAUACCAUGUCACUUCUUUCCAGUCUGGAAAUUACAUACGAAGACCUUGUUCACAGUGAGGUGGAAUGCAGUUGUGGUCAGCUGGUAAAGACUGAAAUGUAAAGACACAAAUGGGCAAAACAAUAAUUGUCUUGGGUUUUAUCUUCUUUAGGUCUUGUAUCUAACAACAUUGGUAAAGUAGGUGGAGGUUGGGGAUUUGGGGUGGGGAUGAGUGUGGUGUGGAAGAAAAAUAUACCAAUUUCACAAAGUAUUUCCAUUUUAGUCAUGGGAAAAACCCUGUACCCAUAACACAGUGUUAGUGCUACUUGAAUCAGAUAGCUGGUCUAAUGCUAAAGCAACUUGUAUGGUCUUCUAGUCAAGUUUGAAUCAAACCCGUUACGAACUGAAAAAAAGAAUGUGAUACAGUUUUAUGUAAUUUUUCAAAACUGCUCUUUCAAUCUUGCUUUUAGCUAACAGGUCUGAAGAGCAAUCAGUCCCCUUUGAUCAAGUUCAGGAUGUGAAUUUUUUUCAAUUAGUCUUCUUUCAUCGUGUAAUAAACAUUUGAGAAAGCAUUCUUUUUAUAUAUAUAUGCAUAUAUAUAUAUAUAGCCUUUGUACUUUACUGUGUGUUCCUGGUGAGUAUUUGUGUGAAAAACGCUGUUAUCAAUAUAAUUCAUUCAUUUUUUUCAUCUUCAUAUUGCGCUUUCUCACAGAAGAAAAUGUAUGGGUUCUUUUGCUUCUGUUUCCAAAACUAUUUCCAAAAUUCAUAGCCACACACAAGAUUGUGUGAAACGCAAGAGAAAAGAAGGUCUGAAGCAUAUCCUGCCACAUGGAGGCAGUGUGCCCUAGCGUAUAAUGGGCAAGGUUUGCAUGACUGUUGGGGAUAUAGAGUGGGGUUGGGUCAAAUGCAUCAUUGCUGACGCUACACUUUCAUUCCAUUCUCCAUACGUUGAUGUGCAAUUUUACUUUAGCAUGUCCAGAAGAUAGUAUCUUCCCCACAGAGAAAAAGCAGCUGAUACGAAAAAGGAAUAAACUUAAAAAAAAAAAAAAAAAAAAAAAAGUGUUGCUGCCUGGAAUUCUGAAAGGCAAAUCUAUCCUUCCAGCUGUGGCUGAAGAACAAGGCCCUUUGGGGCAACAGACUGAGCCCCAGAACUCUGCUAAAGAUUUUUGCUGAGGAUAAAGCAGCUGCUGUGUUUGACAGUGAAGAUAGAUUAAUGGUUGUAAAAAUCCUGUCUGUGCCUAUCAUAUUUAUGAAAAUGUUCUAUGUAUUAACAAAAAUAUGAGUAGGAAUGACUUCAGCUUUGAAAGUCUGUAUUAACAUGGACUACCUGACCCCUAAAGAAUGCCUUAUAAUCUCUACAACAAAUUCUUCCAAAGUAUAACUGUCUGGAUAUUAACGUUAACCUUCAAUGGUUUUCUUGGUGCUGUAGCAGUGUCCAGAGGCUCACUAGGCGAGGCUCUGUGUAAAGCUUAGUUGCAACAGGACAUGUAUAGGAAAGGGGUUUCUGGUGACAGAUUUUGCGUGUCAGAGGAUAUCUCUAAAUAUCAACAAGCCUAUAAAAUGUCUGCAUGGGAGGGACCAAUAUUUGAUGGGACAAGGAUGCAUAUCAAAAAGAGGAAAUAUCUUACUGGUGUGGGAAAGAGAAUUUUUCGGUCCAUAGCCCCUUCUGUUUUCUUCAGAUCGUUUUCACACAAUACCAUGAGAUCCCGUGAUUUUGUUAGCCUCCCAGUAUCCUGAGAAGUACAGUUUUAUGUUCCUUUAUCACCUGGAUAAUUUCACCACUGCCAGUAGAGUUCCCCCUCAGCUGUCCUGUCCUCAAAUGCUUCCCCUUCACACCAAACCCACUGGUCAAGAGGAAGCUAGGUUUUAUUUAUGAAAUAUGUUGUUUAUAUACUUGAAAGUGUUUUUUUUUUUCCCCCCAUGUUUUGUUCCUAAUUGGUAAAGGCAAUGAUCGAUUCUAGCAGAUUUAAAAAGGAAUGAUCACACAAUAAAUGCUUGCGUUUUGGUGGUCACAUAGAAAAUGAAGUCUCUCUUCGGUCUCUCAGUAUCCCCAAAAUCAUAGAAUCAUAGAACAGCCCAGGUUGGAAGGGACCUCGAAAGAUCAUCUGAUCCAGCUUUUUUUGGGAAAGGGAGCCUAGAUGAGAUUAUCUAGCACCCUGCCCUAUUGCAUGUGUAAAGCCUCCUGUGACAAGGACUCUACUGUGUCCCUGGGGAGGUUGUUCCAGCAGAUGAUUGUUCUUACUGUAAAAAUUAUCUUAAGUAAUACUCUGCUUCAGGAGGGAACAAUAUAACACUGGAAGGGCUUUGACUAGGCCAGGCAAUAGAAAGUUCUCUAAAAGCUAAUCUUCCCAGAGUGCUCCUUUUAAAAAUUAUCUUGACUUUCCCUGCAACCAUUGCUAUGGUUCCUCAUCAUCUCUCAGCGUGAUUUUGUUACUAAUACUGUUACUAACAUCCCUGUGAGAACACAACUGUAUCUUGGGUGUGCUGCAGCAUGAAAUAUUUCAAAACAAAUUAGUUCAGUUUUGUUUCAAACAAAUUAUUUUGUUUGGAGAAGUUGGAAAUGGGCGCCUCUUCAGACAGAGCUUACCUUGGAGAACUAUUGACUGCCAGCUGCCCUCCCAACUAAGCCUUUUUCAGAUGAAUACCAAAGUUAUACUGGUGCUGUUUCAAAACUGCACAAGAAAUAAAACUACGUAAGGGAUGUGCAAUCUAAAUUUCCUUUGCCAAUUUGUUACUAGCCUUUUCAGCUAUGGGAUGUGAAGGUUAUUGUUUUCAGCCGCGCGUUGGAGAUUUUGCGUAACAACUGUUCAGUAACAAACUGGAAUUACUUUGAGCCAAAGGAGUGAUGUUGUGUAGUGUUCUGUGUAUUGUCAUUGUUUAUUGCUAAGACUAUUAUUUAAUUGAAUGCUGUCUGUGGCACAUGGGCUCUGAAGUAAAGGAGCAUCAAGGUACAGAACCCUUUCUCUACCAGUGUUAUUCUUUUCUGGUCUUAAUUAAUGCAUCAGACAUUUUUUUCUUCAAAUCACAUAGACUUGCUUCAAAAGCAAGAAGCUUAAUCAUUAUCUCACAGAACUUUGUACAUCCCGCGAUACACAGAAACACGGGGUAGCAUUCUAAAAUAUUUAUUCUAUAGUUACUGGGUAAUAACAGAAAACAGAGGAGAUAGAUAGAUUGAAUCUUUCUUGGCUAUGGUCUGUGAUGAGUUCUCUCAGGAAAACCUACUGUAUCAAGUGCUAUUACACUCUCUGAAAUUAAACUUUUGAGAUGUGUCAGUAUAAAAAGUGAGUAUUUUUGCAGAAACUUGCCAGUCAGGCUCCUGUGUAACCUGCUACAUUUCUGUACAUUUUUAUUGUUCCAGAAAUUGUUUGAAGUUAACAGCCAGGUAACAGCUGCAUUUAUUUGUAGAACUGAAUUUUCUGUCAGUUUGUCAGAGUGAUUUAUUAGUGUUCUGCACACAUAGGGAUGCCUCAGUUUCUCAUCUUGAAAGCUAGGAAUGGCAAAAAUAACAUAUAUCCAAGUGACAAUCAUAUAAAAACUAUAGGUACUACAUGAAAAUGGAUAGGGUAAAUAGCUUUGUUAGUAUUGCUUUGUGAUUGUGAAUUCUUGUUUGAUAAUGACAUCCUUGGUGCUAUUUAAAGUAAUAAUAAUGUCACUCCUAAUUACAUUUGGCCUUACAUUUGUUAUGGAUAUAGGCAUACCUGUUGGAAAAUUCUUUAACCCUUUGUAUUUUUGGCAUGCCCUUAUCAUGGUGGUUGUGUGUUGGCCUCAUCUGGUGUAAAGGAGAAGGAAAGAUCGGAGGAGGAUACUGCUGAUCCACACCAGGAGGCACAGCAAAGCUCUGCUGGUCCUUUUGGAGACAGACUGUGCAGCCAAGUGACUUGCAUCUGUGAGAUUAGUCACCAAGGUUUGGUGCUUUUUUGCCCUGUAGCACAUCCACAGUGUCACGUUGGCAACAGGAGAAAGGAAAAAAAGUGUUUCCGUUGUGUUUGUCAUCACCUCGUCUUAGAGAGAUUUCCUUCAGUACUGAGAUGCUACUAUGGUAUUUGCACUGUAUAUGGCAAGAAGCCAUUAAAUUUGCUUGAUUAAAAAUCUUGGAACACUGUAAAAAGCCACAGGUUCUGCACCGUACAGUGUAACUGUGCUUGGAAAAUAUGUUUCUUGCCCUAAAAUGCUUUGAGAAAGCUGUUUGGGGUUUAUUUUCCCUCCUGGGUGCUGAAGUGUUGUUCUGCAUGGGUACUGCUGACAGUUCAGUUCAGACUGGGAUGCGGCAUUCCGAGCCCCUCCAGUACAGGUACGGAUGGCUGUCAUGCUGGAUCGCUUUUCGAAAGAGUCCAGGCUCACUUUGCUAAAUGUAGAUUCCCACCAGCUGAGCUGGAAAGGGCAGAGAAGGUGAGGCUUGUCCAGGAGACUUCAGUCUCGCCCCUGGAGUCAGGAUUCCAUCAACAUUCAUCAUGUAAUGCUAUUCUCUUUCUGCCUUAUCCGUGAGCUGGUUUGACCUGGUUAGUUGCUAACACUUUUGAAAAAAAGUUUGCUGGUUAUUAGGUGCAGUGGCUGUACAGCAGCUGAUGUCAAAAGCAAUGAAAAAUACCGAGUUUGGGGAUUUACUUAAUCUAAAGCAAAGGUUUUAAGUUCUAAUGUCUUUUUUGCUGUCAGUGGAGUGCUUUCCUGUAUUUUUCUGUUUACCUAUAUCUUCCGAUUCUAAAAAGUUUUUAAGGUGUCCCGUAAGUUUAGCACAAUUUAAAAGGCUACAAAAAAAGGAAGCACAGUAAUGGCAGAAUGGGGAGUUAAAAUUAGGAGAAACUAAUGAUGCUAAUUUUCUACAGAUUUACGCCCUUCUCCUGCCCAUAUGAGUCUGAGAUUCUUGCCGUGACACUUGCUUAAGGAAGGGGACGGCACAUGCUCCGGCUCAUUUGCCAGAACUACUCAUGUAGGGAUUGAUGCGCUGGGUGCUGUUAACGAGGGCAGAUACGAGCAGAGUUCUGCCAGCCUUCCCCUCCAGCCAGGUGCUCGUUUCAGUGUCUCUUCCUGACACAGCCGGCUGCUUUCAGAGAGGUCGCAGGAACGUGAGCGUCUCUGAGACUCGUACCUCUCACCUCUAGCGAAUAUCAAGACACAGAUUCAAA